UGCUAUAUUUGGGUCCAGGGUUGAAGACCCCCUCCUUCCAAGUUCCAACCUCAUCAGUCCCCUCACAAGAUCGCCCAUGGACGACCUGGACUCAGCUCUGGUCGAAUGAUGGCCCGACGGACAUGGAAUUGGCGAUACUGACACUACGUAGCAACAAUUCGACUGGCGGCGCCGCUAGCCGCGCAGGACUGUGGAUGAAACGCACGGGCACGACCACUGGCGCAAGAAACGGACUGGACGCUGAGGUGCUGCGCCUGGUUGAUCAGCCUCGCCCCUCCAGUCACUGGGCCGCUACGUUGCAACGUCUUUGUCCCUGGCAUUUGAUGGAGUAGUCACAUAUCAAUCUUCACUUGCCGGUACGUUUAUACAAUCGUCGGCUCCAUCAUACAACUUCGCUCCACCCCGUAGCGUGCGACUCUCCAUAGGGCUGCGCACAUCGCCAAGAUGGGUCUCCGCGACAUGCUCAAGAAAAAGGACGACAUCAACGCCCGCGACGAGCACCAGCAGCAGUACCAGAAUGCCAACAUCCCCGAGCUCGUGCUAAUGCGCACCGACACCGUCCCCCAAGAUGUGAUCGAACCUUCAGCUGCCAAUGACAACCAGACACACCUCGCUGCCAAAGGACCCAACAUAGCCCGUAGGAGUCUCGACGUCUUUCGGCCGCGCAGUCGCUCGCGCAGUGCGUCCGCCUCGUCACAAGUUAGCAACAGUGAGAAACACGCCCACAGAGACUCGGCAGGCCGCCGACUGUCGCAACGACUGCAUCUCGGCGGCCGCGAGCAUGAUACGUCGGACAGUGUGCCGGAGGACCUGCCGGAGAUACGCACCCCCGUGGGCGACGUUGAUGACAUGGAGUGGGAGAGACGCGCGACGAUGCUAGCAGGACAGAACGAGCUGGCUCGGAGUGGGCCCCAGACACCUAGUGAUAGUGGGAGGACCAGACGCAAGAGCAGUGUGACCCCUGGGCGGUUGGACGAGCUACAAGCGCAACAGCAGCGGUCGAGUCCUCGGAGUCGACCUCAGACUUCUCAGGAAAUUGACGCGGACAUACAAGAGGCCAUCAGAUUGCAUGAGGCUGGCGAUCUAACACAGUCAACGAGGAUGUUUGAGCGACUGGCCGAUCCCAACGGGGCAAACAAUCCGCUCAGCCAGGUGCUGUACGGACUUGCAUUGAGGCAUGGCUGGGGCUGUGCGCCAGACCCGGCGGGUGCAGUGCGUCAUCUGACGGCGGCCGCGUCCAACGCCGCGUCUAUCGAGCAACUUGCUUUGCAGGCAGGCAUGACGAAGGGUGGUGCCGCCAAGGGCGAGUUGGUGCUCGCCAUCUUCGAGCUGGCAAACUGCUUCCGCCACGGCUGGGGCAUCGAGAAGGACGCCGUUGCCGCGCAGCGGUACUACGAAACUGCAGCCAAUCUAGGAGAUACAGACGCCAUGAACGAAAUUGCUUGGUGCUAUCUUGAAGGGUAUGGCUGCAAAAAGGACAAGUUCAAGGCCGCGCAAUAUUACAGGCUCGCGGAGAAUGCAGGCAGCAAGACCCUGGGCAACUCAUGGAUCUGGAAGGAUAAGUACAACCCUGAGAACGCGCCUAAGAAGUAAAAGUCCAGCCUCUCACCGAGACUAUACUGAGACCCCCUUUUUUCGCAAGCACUGCUCCGCGGGGGUCAAUAAAUACCAGUUUGAUUGAGCUACUACUUUACCAACAUUCAAUGAUCACGAUGG